UUCACCUUGUUUGCUUGAAAGAGAAGGAGGAAGUGAAGAAAAUAUUUGACCAGGUGAUGGAGGAGUGUGGGUGCAAACGGCUAGUGUUUUCCUCAUCCUCCACUGUGUACGGCUCAGCCUCCUGUUUCCCCACGGACGAGGGGAAAGCAGAGGGGAAAAACUUGGCAAGCCCUUACGGACGUUCCAAGUACUUCUGCGAGGAGGUACUGAGGGACGUGGCAGCGGCGGACCAGGAAUGGCAAAUCAUCAUCCUUCGGUAUUUUAAUCCAGGCGGGGCGCAUCCUUCAGGACUUCUAGGGGAGAGUAUAAGGAGCGGCGCCCCCUUGAACCUCCUCCCAAGACUAGCAGAAGUAGGAGCUGGGGAACGAGACAUACUGCACGUGUUUGGCGGGAACUGGCCAACUCCUGACGGCACGUGCAUUAGGGACUACAUGCACGUGCUGGAUCUGGCGGAAGGGCACGUGGCGGCUGUACGGAAGGUUGCAGGAGGAGGAGGAGGAGGAGGAGGAGAAGGAGGUGGUGGUGAUGGUGGUGGUGUUUCAACGUAUAAUCUAGGAAGAGGUGAAGGCGUGUCUGUUCUGGAAAUGAUACGUGAGUUUUCAAGGGCGUGCGGGAAGAGCAUACCAUACCACGUGAGCGAGCGCAGGCGCGGUGAUGUUAUGCGCACUACUUGUUCAGGGAAGCUUGCGCAGAAGGAACUGAAUUGGAACCCACAACGCACCCUGCGGGAUAUAUGUGUGGACGCGUGGAGGUUUAAAGUGAAGAAUCCGGAUGGCUAUUAACUUGUCCACCACGUCACCACUCUCUCUCACUCUCUCUGUAAUAUCCUGAUAGUAGUAGUAGUAGUAGUAGUAGUAGUAGUAGUAGUAGUAGUAGUAGUAGUAGUAGUAGUAGUAGUAGCUGAAACAAGACGGGACCACGAGCUGAAACUACUACCACCACCAGCACCACCAUUACCACCACCACCACCACUACUACAUAAACAACAAGUUCAACAAGAGGGACCAAUAUUCUACGCACUAAUCAAAAAGAAAAACCAAUAAAAUAACAUCAAUAAACACAUAAUUAACAAGCAGAGCCUCUCAUUAGCAUAACCUAACUUGGCUCUUAUUUACCUUCAUAACAACAUUACUCAAACUCCCACACUGCUGGUAAUUGGCACAGAGAAGCAUCAGGU